AUGUCAUUGGAGUAUGCAUACGACAUCGUCAGCCGGCAGGCGCUGGAGUUUAUUCAACAGUUGAAAGGUGUGGUCUUCAUUCCACUCAUCUCCAUGUUUGGGGCUGCCAGCAUUUGCCUCAGUCUGGUUGUCUUCUACAAACAUGGCCUCUCCAGUAGAAUCAAUCUGUGCCUCUUUGCUCUUGAGUUGGUCAACCUUAUCAACAUUACCUAUCUAUUCGUCUUGAAUGUAGACAGCCUGAACAUGCCCUUUGAUACAGUCCUAGAAGGUCCGGUGUACGAAUUCCUGGUGAAUAACAACUUAACCGGUUUGUUUGGGUUCGGGUACGCUGCUGUCUUUCUGUCGGCUCUCGUGGCUUGUGAGCGAUGCAUCUGUGUAUUGUUUCCUUUCCAUUCUAAGACCCUGAUCAGCACCCAGAAAAUGGCCGUGGCUGUCAUCGCAGGAACUUGUUUCGUCAGCUUUCCUCGCUUCAUCGUCACUGCUCGUUACAGAAUCAUCUGCGCUUUUGAUGUUCGCAUGGAUCGCACGAUUCGUCAGCUCACUGUGAGUGAUUUUUAUAUGAAGUACAAGGAUUUCAUCAAUGUCCUGGAUGGAACCUUCUAUGGUAUUAUCGUGUCCUUGGGAGGUCCCCUCAUUACUUUCAUCGCCACUCUCAUCACCGUCUUUAGGCUAAACCAGACGAUUGCUUUCCGGAAGUAUUCCUCCACGUCGGAUGCCAUCAGAGAGAUAUCCCUAACCAAAACGAUGAUAACCCUGUCCCUGGAAAACGUGGUUCUGUCCCUUCCCUCAAUUGUUUUAAGAGUUAUCCCCAUUUUUCAACCAGAACUCAGCCCCAGCGGUCGCUACAACAACACCUUCAUUGCGUUGACUUCUCUUGUGGAGAUUUCAACUCACCUCAACGGCAGUCUCAACUUCUUAGUCUAUUAUUUUGUUGGAACCAAAUUUCGGACAACUGUCCAUUCAAUAUUUAUCUGUCACAGAAAGAAAAAUAGCAUGCAAGUCACGCAAACCUAG